UGCUACUUAGCUUGGUGUCGAGAAUUCUCUCGCGGUCUAGAAUUUGUGGAUGAGGCGGUGAUAAGAGACUUCGGCUGAUAAAAGGGGUACCUUCCCUCCCCUCCAUCUGAAACCUAUAUUUUAGCCAAAGAAGGAAAAAAUGUUACCUCAAAAAUCACUUGGAGAGGCAUCCAUUACCCAACUAUUUAUAGGAUUGAAGAGCUUUGCUCUUUGAUGGUUUUUGUGUGGAAACCAAAUGUCACUUUAGAUGGUUUGGACUCUGUGGACUAUUUCGAGUUUGAUGAAGGGAUAAAGCUAUUUAAAGCGCUUUCUCCUCGCUUUCUCCUCUCUUUCUAUCCCAAAAUGUCAAAGCCAAUAGAGAGAUACCAAAAGCUAGCGUUUAAGGAGGCUCUAUCGACAACCCACCAUUACCCAAUAGCCUGCAAAGAUCUAAGCUUGAUUAUAAGACAAGCUUAUAACAAACUCCCCAAGAAUCUUCAAUUCGUCCUCUUUCAAGACACCCUCGCCGCCUUUCGUCUCCUUCCUGGAAUGCAGACACGCAAUGCAGUUUCAGCAGCCCAUCUCCUACUUCAGAGUGCGGAGGCUGUAUUUCCAAAACAGAGGAAAAAUUUGGCUGUGGCAGAAUUUAAACAUGCAAAAGUUGCUCAUAAGAGGCGCCAUAAAGCUCAUCAGGAGGAAGAAAUUUCAGGUACUACUGAACUACCACAAGAUGUUCUAUUACACAUCUUCAGCUUCCUGGACAUCCACUCUUUAGUUUCUGUCAGCUUAGUCUGCUGGUCAUGGAAUUUUGCAGCUGGUAAUAACCAGCUGUGGCAAUCCCAGUAUGCUACAUUUUUUGGCAGCAAGCGUGGUUCUUCAAGUACUAGGGAACAACAGAAUGAUAGGCGGGAAAAAAAUAAGGAGCUUACUCUUUUGCAGAAGAAUAAAAUUACUACAACCAGUAUUGACUGGAGGGAGGCCUUUAAAGAAAUGUAUAUAGGCAAUUCGUCAAAGAGAUUAACUGCUAAUAGAGGAUACUGUGGGCAAUGUGAAACAAUAGUUUGGCUAGAUGCCAUGAAAUGCUGUAAUGGGGACUCUGGGAAUCAGAGAAUCAUACCCGUUUCAUCUCACCAGGUUGUUGAGUAUCUAUUAAAUGGUUCCUCGUCUAUAAUGUCUUCCUCAGACAGCGAAGACAGCGAUAGUGAACCGGAUGAAGGGUAUAUCCCCAGGUUAUGGGCCUACCCCAAGAACAUUGAUUUAGCGAAAGCUUAAAUGUUUGUCCAUAACCAAUUCAGCUGUUGAUAUAGUUAUUUUCCCUUUGAUCUCAUUGUAUAAUCUGAUGGCUGGUUGCGAAGAAAAGCUGCACUUCUUGUUAAUUAA